AUGGAUUGUAACAAUUUUCUCAAUGACGAGGAUAUCCUCAAGGAUUAAAAUCGCAUCCAGCCAUUCCUCAACGCAAUCACUCGCAACAAACAUCUCUUCAAAGACAAAGUGAUAUUGGAUCUCAAUGCUGGGCUUGGCCUCAUCCCUGUGAUUCUUAGUAGAUCCGGUGCCAAACAAGUAUUCGCCAUGAAAUCACACGAUCAUGCACAAAAAAUCAUUGAAUAGAACAACGUCAACAACGUCACCCUACACAAAAAGUCCAUCAAGGAAGUUGAAUUAGAAUGCAAGGUCGAUAUCAUCAUUUCUGCCUGGAUGGGCAACUUGCUCUUCUACAGAGGAAACAUCCAGGAGUUAAUCGCAGCCAGAGACAAAUACCUCAAUAAAGACGGACUCAUCUUGCCAGACAAAGGUUAAUUGUUACUUCAGUCAAUUGAAGAUGGAGAAUACCGUGAAUAAAAAUUGACAUUUUGGGAUUCCGUCUAUGGAGUUAACAUGAAGUGGAUGAAACGAUGGGUCAAGCAUGAGCCUCUACUAGAAAGCAUUAGAUAAGACUAAUUAAAUAGUGAUCCUGUCUUAAUUUAUGAGGUCGACUUGAUGAAAUGCACACUCGAAGAUCUGUCCUUUAGUAACUCCUAUCAAGUUCAAAUCAAUCGACAAGACUUCGUUACAGGAGUAAUUAUAUGGAUGAAAUAUUCAUUCACCUUCACCCACUUACCAAUCGAUGUCAUCAUGGGUCCAUCCAAGUCUCCCUUCUGGAAACCAGUCAUUCUCUACUUCAAUGAAGAAAUACCUGCCUCCAAAGGGGAUAAGUUGAAAGGAUCUUUGGCAAUGAAAUUUAUUUCAGAAGAUCUCAUAGAUUUAAAAUUAUCUGUUCAUACAAAACAAUACCAUUAGAUUCAAUAUUUCAGAUUAAAUUGAUAAAGUUUUAGUGUAAUUUAUAGAAUAAUAUAUCUAUC